UUUCCGCCUCCGACGUGUUUCCGGCCUUAAAGGCAUUUCGCCCUUCCCUUUAAGACGCGCCGCCCCUUCUCAGUCACUCCCAAGAUGGCGGACCUACUGGGCUCCAUCCUGAGCUCCAUGGAGAAGCCACCCAGCCUCGGGGACCAGGAGUCUCGGCGCAAGGCCCGAGAGCAGGCUGCCCGCCUGAAGAAACUGCAGGAGCAAGAGAAACAACAGAAAGUGGAGUUUCGUAAAAGGAUGGAGAAAGAGGUGUCAGAUUUCAUCCAAGACAGUGGGCAGAUCAAGAAAAAGUUUCAGCCGAUGAACAAGAUAGAGAGGAGCAUCCUACACGAUGUGGUGGAAGUGGCCGGCCUGACGUCCUUCUCCUUCGGGGAAGAUGAUGAGUGUCGCUACGUCAUGAUCUUCAAAAAGGAGUUUGCACCCUCUGAUGAAGAGCUGGACUCCUACCGUCGCGGGGAGGAGUGGGACCCCCAGAAGGCCGAGGAGAAACGGAAGCUGAAGGAGCUGGCCCAGCGGCAGGAGGAGGCGGCGGCCCAGCAGGGCCCCGUGGUGGUGAGCCCCGCUAGCGACUACAAGGACAAGUACAGCCACCUCAUCGGCAAGGGCGCAGCCAAGGACGCGGCCCACAUGCUGCAGGCCAACAAGACCUACGGCUGCGGUGAGGCCCCGUCAGGGGGGGGGGGGGGGGGGGCGGGGAUGCAGGGCUCCGAGGCCCUGCCCACACUCCUCUCCCACCCCCACCCCCCAGUGCCCGUGGCCAACAAGAGGGACACUCGCUCCAUCGAAGAGGCCAUGAACGAGAUCCGGGCCAAGAAGCGCCUGCGGCAGAACGGGGAAGAGUUGCCGCCUACCUCCUAGGCACCGCGGCUCCCCGGGGCAGGGCAGGGGACGGGGCAGGGGGCGGGGGGGACAGGCUGCUGCUACUAGACCCAUCCUGGAGCCCCACCUCCGCAGCACCUCCCGCCGGCCUCACUCGGGCUGGGGGCCCGUGGUCUCCGCGUCACUGUCGGAGCCUGGCUGUGUGCGUGCGUGUGUGCGUGUGUGCGAAUGCGCAGGUGGGUAUUUAACGUGUAUCAUUCUCCUUUCUCCUUGGAAUUUCCUUCCCCGUGG